CCUCUCCGCUGCGUCCCGAGCCCCGCUCCGCCAGACUCGAGAGCCAUGGAGCCCCUCGCCCGCCCACCGUCCCCGCUCCUCGUGCGGGUGUCCGAGUACGCGCCCCGGCUUCGCUGGAAACUGGAAAGCUAUUUCCAGAGCCGGCAGUCCGGCGGCGGGGAGUGCACUGUCCAGCCCUUGGACCGCAGGGCCCAGGACACUUUCCUGGUGGAGUUCAGAGAAAGGGCAGCCAAGGAGAGAGUGUUGAAAAAGAGAGAGCACCAAAUUCAGGCUGACAGCAAACCUGUGACCAUUUUCCUGGAAACCACUGAGGAUCCAACAGAGAUGAACCCGGAAUCCAGCAUUACGUUGCCCCAGUCACAAGCUGAAACCCAGUUUGGUGCAAAGCCUUCCCAUGAAGGAUCUGUUCCCAAUGCUGUGGACCCCUGUGUCCAAAAGAUCUUUCUCACUGUAACAGCUGACCUGAACUGUGACCUGUUCUCCAAAGAGCAGAGGUCACAGGUAGCCACUGUCUGCCCCACUAUCAAAAAGACGGAGGGUCACAAUGGAAUUGAGAGUGUGUGUGGUGACUUCAGAGAUAUUGAAAAAAUAUACCACUUCUUGAGUAUGCAGCUCCUGGGAAAUGAGCAGAAACAGGAGUCUUCCCCUUCCACCACGGAGAGGAAGCCCCCUGACCAGCAUGACUGGGUCAGCAGAUUUUCUCCUUCUGAACCCCAAACCAGCUCAGAAGAAAAAGGAAACCAUUUUGAAGUUCCCUUGUUUUUGCUUGAAUACUUCAAAUAUACCUGUCCUGAUAAAAUAAAUUCAAUCAAGGAGAGAUUUGGUGUAAACAUCAAAAUUCAAUCCAGUUCCCUUCCCAGUAUGGUCUGUGUAGACUUCACCUGCAGUCAAUCAGGUGACCUAGAAGCAGCUCGAGAGUAUUUUGUCAGUGAGUUUCAGAAGAAAACAGAAUCUCUGAAGCAUGAACAUGUCCCUUUAGCAGACAGUAAACAGGCAAAUGAAAUCAAACACAAACUAAGCUGCUGUUUUCCAAAGCUUCUCAUAAAGGAGCACAGAAAGGGGCUAACUCUCCUCGGAACCAUAGACGACAUCACAACUGCCAAACAAAAAAUGUCUGAAGGUUUUGUCAAGCCACCUGUGAAAAUCUUGGUCCCCAAUUCCAUGACCAAUGCAAUUGAGGUUGAUACUGCCCGUUAUAAACUUCUAGCUGAAUUACUCCAGGAGAUAGCAGAGAUAGAGCAGAAGUACAACACUCACUGUAAGGUUUGGGAGAAAAACCAGAAAACCUACAUUCAAUUCAAUCCUAAGGACAAAGAGGUAAAUCUGUCUGUGCAUGCUUAUGCAAGCUUCAUUGAUGCCCUUCAGCAUGCCUCCUCUCUGCUGAUGAGUGAAGUCCUUCUACUGAAAGAUUUGGGUAAGGAGAGAAAACACCUGCGCAGGACCAAAUUUGCUGAUGACUUUAGCAAAAAACAUCCAAAUGUACAUUUUGCACUGGAUCAAGCGUCAAUAACUUUGACCGGCUUGCCAGAUCACCUUGCACAGGCCAAGCAGUUUUUUUUACAACUGUUGCCAUCGGUUGGAGAGAAACUGAACGAUGAUCUUGAAACCCUCAUACACCUUGAUAGUAAUGACUCAAAAGCAGCUUCACCUCCACUCAAGGGCUCUGCAAGUUCUGUGAGCUCAGAAAUGGAUAAGAAAGAAACAGACAUCUGCAGCAUCUGCAUGGACACCAUUAGUAACAAAUAUGUGCUUCCAAAGUGUAAGCAUGAAUUCUGUGACCCUUGUAUCAAGAAAUCCAUGUCAUAUAAGCCAGUAUGUCCUCUAUGUCAGACUUCCUAUGGUAUCCAGAAAGGGAAUCAGCCAGAAGGAACCAUGACUUACACCCUGAUGAAAGAACCACUUCCAGGUUAUAAAUCCUGUGGCACCAUUGUGAUUAAAUACUCCAUGAAGGGAGGCAUACAAACAAGAGAGCAUCCAAACCCAGGAAGGCCCUAUUUUGGAACACAGCGAACUGCAUACUUACCUGAUAAUGAGGAAGGAAAAGAGAUUUUGCAACUGCUUCAAGUAGCCUUUAAACACAAGCUAAUUUUCACAGUGGGAUAUUCUUCAACACAAAAUAUCUCAGAUGUCAUUACAUGGAAUGAUAUCCACCACAAAACAUCCCGGUUUGGAGGACCAUCAGAAUAUGGCUACCCUGAUCCUAAUUACCUGAAACGCGUUAAGGAAGAGCUGAAAGCUAAAGGAAUUGAACAAGAAAACCACUAGAAGAAUGUCUUAACCAAGCUUUCUAAAGAUAUGUUUGAGGAGUUAUUGCUAAUCAACAUCCUUCUCUAGCCUUUUUAAAACUUCAUCUGAAGAAGUAGUUUGUAUAAGAAUAGAAAUCUGCUAGUCUGCAUUUCUGGAGUGUUGCUUUUUUAUGAUAAACAAAAGCCCCAAGAACCAUGUAGCUUUGCUAUGGAAGUGUCAUGUAUCCUUCAUGGUUGGGGUCUGGGUGGGUCUGAAAUAAUAAUCUACGUCUUUCAGUUCCACUACUUGCUACCAAUGGACAGUUUUUUCCUUUUCUUUCUUUUGUGGUGCUGGGGAUAUAAGCUAGAGCCCCUGAGCUACAAAUCCUUUGAUCCUCUUCCCAUGGCCAUCUCUGGGAUGAAACUUUAUAGUUUCUUAUUUGUUUGCACUUUAACCUCUACCUGUUGGCAACAAGUUUGGUUUUGGAAAAUUAGAGACCCAUAUUCCCCUCCUUCUCCCCAGCAAGAAAAGUAGGCAGGAGUAGAGAUUGGGCAACCUUUGGUAAUAAGAGGAAUAAGAACAAGGCUAUUAUUUUUAAAUUUUAUUUUAUUUUACUUUUGGUACCGGGGAUUGAACUCGGGUCCUUGCGCUUGCGCAGCAGGCGGCAAAACCACUGAGCUAAAUCCCCAGCCCAAGGCUAUUAUUUUUAAUACAAAGCCUGAUAUAUAAUUAGUGCUUUAUAUAUUUUUAUUGCCCAACUCAUAUUGCUAGUAGCUUGAUAGAGGGAAAUAGGUUUCCUAAAUUUGAUAAGGCCCAGUGACCAUAACUACAAUCCACAACUCCCAUCAUUCAGCCCUGCUCUUCCUAGGGGGACAGCCACAACUCCUUUGUAUUGAACUCUCCCCCUCAAAAGUCCCAUUGUGACUUUUUCCUGCUAUAGCCUUCCCCCCUUUAUGCCCAUGACCCUAUAAAAGAAUGCAUGAGAGUUAGCCUGUCUGGUCUCCAGUGUCAGAGCGGUCCCUCUCAGAUUUGUUCUUUUAUUUUUUGGUACCAGGGAUUGAACUUGGGACCUUGCACUUUCAAGGCAGGUGCUGGAACCACUGAGCUAAAUUCCCAGCCCCCUCUCAGGUUUGUUCUGAAAUAAACCUGUCCUGUGAACUCAGACCUCCAUUUCUUUUCCUUUUUCCUAAUACUUUCUUUUGUUCAGAGAGUUAAGGAAACUCAAGAUAAAUGGCACAUCUGUGUUUUUUAAAAAAUAAGAUUAUAUAUUUAGUGUUUUUUGUUGGUUCCUUUAUUGAGAUAGGGUCUCACUAUGUUGUCUAAUCUGGCCUCAAACUCACCAUCCUCCUGUUCCAGACUCCUGUGAUCCUCCUGCCUCUUGAGUAGCUGGGGUUACAGGUGCACGCAGCGGCAUUUGGUCUGUACUUUGAGCUAUUCAUGACUCAUUAAUUUUUAUCAUUACAGUGAACCGAUUCUGUUCUGUCUUCUGAUCUUUUGGCUAAAUUGAUUCUGAAGAAGCAAAAGUUGGUUUCUGCUAAGUUCUGGAUCCUGUAUUUCAUUGUGUACAUAUGCACAUUUCAUGAUGUGAAAAUUGGUUAGUGAGUGUUUGAAUUACUACUUUCACUCUUUGGAAGAUGUUAUUAUCUGCUUUAAAUAAAAUUAAGCCCAUAUUUGGAA